GGGGGUCUGUUCUGGAAGAAGGCUGGCUGGGGAGAAGCAGUUCCUGCUGUAAUUGGGCUUUGAGGGAUCCAUGGGCUGAAUCUUGUGGAUUCCCCGGGGUGUCUCUCAGGAAAGGUGCAAUUCCUUGAAAAAAAUUCCCAAUACGUGCACAGAAAUGCCUUAUUCUCAGUUACCUUCUACAGAGCAAAGACAUUCAGGGUCCAGUCUUCCCAUAGGUUCCUCCAGAGGAACAGUGGGUGCUGUGAUGGAUCACAUGCAUGGCUAAAGAUCUGAUCCUGCAAUACAAACUCCUAUGGAAAUUAAUGAGCUGUUCAGAUUCCAGUGCAGGAUUGAGACUUUAUUGUGUAAAUCCAUCAAUAAAGGCAAUCAGAUCUCUUCCAAUCUCUCCCAAGGAUUUGCUGAGACAUGCUAGAUCUGGCGGAGAAUCUGGUCAUCUAUAUAUAUGUGAUCUGACCUGAGCCCUUUCUUUGGGUUCGUUGAGCAAUGUGCUAAUAGAGUCAACGUAGGCAAAACCAGCUGCCACCCUCACCAUGAAAAUAGAAGGUGCCUCAGUGGUCCUUGCUCUGGCAUUUUUCUGCUUCUUUUCAGAUGUUGCCAGCCGAGCUUCAAUUAAAAAUGAGUGCAUGAAAAUUUGGUCGCUUCUGCGCAGCGGGAAGUUUUCCUGUCCCACCAACAAGGAGCCAGUCAGAAGCCCUGAUGGCAAAACAGACCUCAACAAGUGCCUGAUGUGCCAAAGGCUGCUGGAAAGAGACACAAACAAAGGGAGUGGUGGAGAGGCGAACAGGAACGCAAACCUCUCAGGAGAGGAUGACUGCGAAGAGUUUCAGGAUCUCUUUGAGAGAGGGAAACUUUCCUGCACCAGAGAAAAUGACCCUGUCCGGGAUUCCUCUGGAAAGCAGCACAGCAAUAAGUGCAUCAUGUGUGCAGAGAAGUUCAAAAGGGAGAAGGAGCGGAAGUUAUCUAAAAACAGACAAGGAAAAGAUAAGGAUGACUGCAGUGAGUAUCGCUCCCACUUUGAAGCUCAUGGACGACUGUCCUGCACGAGGGAGAAUGACCCUGUUCGGGAUUCCUCUGGCAAGCAGCACAUCAACAAAUGUCUCAUGUGUGCUGAGAAGUUCAAAAAGGAAGCCCAAAGAGGUCAGUCUGGUGGAACUGUCCAGCGAAACAAGCCACUUACUUCAAAGGGUACAAGCCAGACGAGCUGCGGUGGUUCAGGGUCACAGCAGGGUGUGAAUGAGAGACGUCCCAUCUCAUCAAACAGAGGAAGUAAUGGAGUUCAGACUGCCAGCAAACACCAGGGAUCAUCUGUGACUAAAGGGCAAGUAAAGGAAGAGUUGAUGUUGAGCAUCAGGGGAGCUGCCGAGUCCCCAGGACUGCCAGAGCUGUCUUCAUCCCCUUCUGCAGUGAACAGGGCCCAUCCUUGCUCAGGUGGAGGGCAAAGGGCUGUGGGGACCCAGCGGUGUCUUCCCAGGUCUGCCCCACGCAUGCCAUUGUGGUCUCUACUGCCUCACUGUGUCUUAGCGUGCUUCUACAAUAAAGAUAACUCAGCAGCUUCAUGUCACUUUUCUUCACUAAGCCUUGUGAGAGGGACACAUGGAUUCCCCACUCCAGCUUUACACUGUGUGUCCCUUAGGCAACAAGCAAGUGCAGAGGCCCCUGGGUGCGCCAGCUGCUGUAAAUACCUGGCAAAGAUGUUGGACCCAAGGAGGAAGAGCGUGGUCUGGGGUUUUGUGGGGAGGGACUGGGGAUCAGGUUCUCUGUCUUGUUGUGGGGGCUUGGCUCAAUCACUUCACUGCCCUUUUAGCCCUUUUCUCUCUCCUGUAAAACUGACAUUAAAAGAUACUUACCUACCUCAGAGGGCUGUUUUUUGAGACUUAAUUGGUUUACAUUUGGAAACCUCAGAGGAAAAACUGGUUUUAAAGCACCCCAGAUAUUGGGCUGGCAGUUUAACUGUUGCAUUAAGUGUCCUCUUCCAACCUCAGCUGAGGCACUGGGAAAUCUAGAAGACUUUGAGCAGCUUUGGGAAUUAGAUACACCUUGACUGGUUGUGUUAGAUGGUGUGCUAAGGCCCUGCCCCAUUGAAGCUGGUGUUGGUGACACAGCUUGGAAGGUCUCUGGGAUCUGAGGGUGUGAAUUUGGCCAGCAGAAUUUCUUGCUCUGAGAGGGCAGAAGCACUGAUGUCACUAUUGAGGCAGUGCUGGCCAAGCAGAAAGCUCAGUCCUCUUGGUGGCCCAUAGACCGUUACUGUGUGCUUUUGGGUCACCCUUCUGCCUUGGCCUGAACUUUGUUCCCAAACAAGCCUCUGUGGGCUCAAGGGCUCAGCCAGUGCCCAUCUCAGGAGCCAUCUCCUUCAGGGAGGGGUCUGUCCUUUGGGCUUAUGGUGCUAUGGGGAAGAUGGUGAAGUGAGAAGUUCCAUUGUGUUGAACAGCUAAAGCUAUUUAAGGAAAAGUGUUUUUUGAGAUGUACAGAUUUACAGAUGGUUCUACUUUGUUUAUAGUCUGAGACUUCCUUAAGAUGAAGCUAGGUUUUCAAGCUGAAGGUUCAUCUCGCUAGUUGGGGCAACACCUUAGAGUGGGGUGGGAUUUGCAAAGGAGGAGACUGUGAUGGUGGGUUAUCAAAAAUCUGCUGGCAGUUUACAGGUACUUCCUGUACUUUCUUUUAUAGCUGUUACUUAAAGCAAAUACAUUCUUUAUUUGAAUAAACUUUAUUACACGACAUUUCCAGAAGACCUUGAGUGAACAUACACAGUGUUUGAGUCCAUUUUAGCUGUGACCUGAUCUGUAAACACUUUCUAUUGUAGAUAAGGCUAGAGGGACUUUCUUACAGAAUUUUGGCAGGAUUUUACCCAAUACCAAUUAAUUUCACUCCCACCAAAGAGAUAGGUUGGUUUGUUGGGUUUUUUUUCAGUUAUUU